CAGCUGCGGCAGCUGCUGCUGUGGCUCAGGCGGCGGCGGCGCGGCGGCGGCAGAGGGGGCUCCGGGGUCGGACCAUCCGCUCUCCCUGCGCUCUCCGCACCGCGGUGUAAAUGAUGUAUUUUGUGAUCGCAGCGAUGAAAGCUCAAAUUGAAAUUAUUCCAUGCAAGAUCUGUGGAGACAAAUCAUCAGGAAUCCAUUAUGGUGUGAUUACGUGUGAAGGCUGCAAGGGCUUUUUCAGGAGAAGUCAGCAAAGCAAUGCCACCUACUCCUGUCCUCGUCAGAAGAACUGUCUGAUUGAUCGAACCAGUAGAAACCGCUGCCAACACUGUCGACUCCAGAAAUGCCUUGCCGUGGGGAUGUCUCGAGACGCCGUAAAGUUUGGCCGAAUGUCAAAAAAGCAGAGGGACAGCUUGUACGCAGAGGUGCAGAAGCACCGGCUGCAGCAGCAGCAGCGCGACCACCAGCAGCAGCCCGGGGAGGCCGAGCCGCUGACGCCCACCUACAACAUCUCGGCCAAUGGGCUCACGGAGCUUCACGACGACCUCAGCAACUACAUUGAUGGCCACACCCCCGAGGGCAGCAAGGCCGACUCGGCGGUCAGCAGCUUCUACCUGGACAUACAGCCCUCCCCCGACCAGUCGGGUCUGGACAUCAACGGGAUCAAACCGGAACCCAUAUGUGACUACACACCAGCAUCAGGCUUCUUUCCCUACUGCUCCUUCACCAAUGGAGAGACCUCCCCAACCGUGUCCAUGGCAGAAUUAGAACACCUGGCGCAGAAUAUAUCCAAGUCUCAUCUGGAAACCUGCCAGUACUUGAGAGAAGAGCUCCAGCAGAUCACGUGGCAGACCUUUCUGCAGGAGGAGAUCGAGAACUAUCAAAACAAGCAGCGGGAGGUGAUGUGGCAGUUGUGUGCCAUCAAAAUCACAGAAGCUAUACAGUACGUGGUGGAGUUUGCCAAACGCAUUGAUGGAUUUAUGGAACUGUGUCAAAACGAUCAAAUUGUGCUUCUGAAAGCAGGUUCUCUAGAGGUGGUCUUCAUCAGAAUGUGCCGUGCCUUUGACUCUCAGAACAACUCCGUGUACUUUGACGGGAAGUAUGCUAGCCCCGAAGUCUUCAAAUCCUUAGGUUGUGAAGACUUUAUUAGCUUUGUGUUUGAAUUUGGAAAGAGUUUAUGUUCUAUGCACCUGACUGAAGAUGAAAUUGCAUUAUUUUCUGCGUUUGUCCUGAUGUCGGCAGAUCGCUCAUGGCUGCAGGAGAAGGUAAAGAUUGAAAAACUGCAACAGAAAAUUCAGCUGGCGCUUCAGCAUGUCCUACAGAAGAAUCACCGAGAAGACGGAAUCUUAACCAAGCUAAUAUGCAAGGUGUCUACAUUAAGAGCCUUAUGUGGACGACAUACAGAAAAGCUAAUGGCAUUUAAAGCAAUAUACCCAGACAUUGUGCGACUUCACUUUCCUCCAUUAUACAAGGAAUUGUUCACUUCAGAAUUUGAGCCAGCAAUGCAAAUAGAUGGGUAAAUGUAUCACCUAAGCACUCCUAGAAUGUCUGAAGUACAAACCUGAAAACAAAAAAAACAAACAAAAUUAACCGAGACACUUUGUAUGGCCCUGCACAGCCCUGGAGCGCCAACACACUGCACAUCUUUUGGUGAUCGGGGGGUCAGGCAAAGGAGGGGAAACCAUGAAAACAAAUAAAAGUUGAACUUGUUUUUCUCAUGCAUAUGAUUUCCAUUAUGCCUACAGAUAUGGACCCUUUUUCUGUCGAGACUUCUCGACCACGAUGGUCGACCUCUGUUGACAGCAGCAUGAGGGUCCUGAAGUCGGACGAUUUCCUUUUUCUUAUAGCUCACUGCCCAGAGACUUUCUGCAGAGUCACCCAUCUGUCAGUGACAACAGAGAGUCCAGCAAUAAUCGGUGACUGGUGUGCAUAGCGGAGGUUGCGGCAUUACUUUGCACAACUUGCUCUUUGUUUCAUGAAGGAAGUUUUUAUUAUUUUUUUUUUCCACCGAUUAUUGCCAAGUCAGCGGGAUGGCAUGAAAAGGGUCCAUGGCACUAGCAACAAUAGCAUUAUAAUAUAUUACAGGGAAAUGGGCAUGAAGACUAUAUAUAGCUCAAAGAGAUAUUGUUUAUAUAUUGUUUUAAUUAAUAUAAAAAUGUAGUUACUGGUGUAGCUUUUCCUGUUGAAUUGAUAAGGCACUUUCAUUUUGCACCUUUUUCUUUAAAUUAAAUGCUAGCGUGUUCACUGUCGUGUCGCAUGUGCGCCAGAAACACAAGUUAAACUGAGAAGGCUUGGAAGGUACGUCGGGAGGUACUGAUGCUGCUGUUUACAAAAAGGACUUUUAAAAGACUGGCUGGUCAUAUCUAGAAAUCACCAUGUUAGAGGUUUUUUGUUUUUUGUUUUUUCCCACAUGUAAAAUUUAGAGUUUGAACUCUCCCUAAAUUACACCUCGCUCUUUGGGUAGUUUCAGGACAGAUGUGUUUAUGCUUCAUACAAAGUUGAAUGAUUGCUUGGUGCUGUGGUCUCAUACCCUCAUGCACUUUUUUUUCCUGGGGAAAAAAAAAAAAAAUGCCACGUUCUGAAGGCAGUAGGGGAGGGAGGCUUGUUUUAUAUAAUUCAGUGGUUAUAAUGACACAGUCUCAAAUUAGAAUUCUCAGUGCUUUGAGAACAAGUCAGUAUUGAGAAUAUUAAUUGGAAUCUAGCUUUUAUUUAAAGAAGGACCCAAAGAUUCUAUCUGGAGCAAACGCACACUCCCCAUGUGAGAACAUGAAGCAUUUUUUUGGAAGGUUUAUGUUCUUGGUCUCAUCAAGCAACCUAAGACUAUUGCAGGGAGCAUUAGUUCUAGACUAGUUGUUUCUAAAUGCUACUACUCUCAAAUAUUGCUCUCCAUAUUUUAUAGACAGGGAUAGUAGGCAGGGUGUGGGAGACAUACAACAUUGCUCCAGUUUCUUAAAUAUCUUCAGCCUUUGAAGUGAAGUUGAUGCUUGCCGCAACCAUGGACUUGUAUUUAUCUUCACUAGAAAACUGUGGACUGUAAUUUAUUUUAUUAAUUAUUUAGAAGAAUGCCAGGCUUUUGUGUUCAGGGGAGAAACAUUGCAUUGUCUUGUUUAAGUUUGUGUGUGUGUGUGUUUAACAAUCUCAGUGGGUGAAGGAGGAAGAAACAGUCGGAUGAACAUGUAUGUGUAUUUUUAAAACAAGUGACUUUUUGGGAAUGUAGGCACUUGGAAGAUGAUGUCAGUCACUCUAGGGUGAUAGUCAAACUAUUGGUACUACAUCAGAAACCAUGCUUGUCACAGGAAAGAACCUUUCCCAUGGAGUAAAGGUAGCGUUCCUAAGAAGCCCCUUACGUCUGAGAAAGGAUCUUGUCUCCCACAAGGGUCCCUCCAGAAUUUUCCACAGGAACCUGUGACUAAUUCCCAGAGCACCUGUUUUUAUCUCCACUGACUUUCUAGCUCAUUUCUUUGAGGGACUUGGGAAAGGGCAAGGAGUUACUCACACAGAGUGUGUAUGGAGUCUAAAAAACUUUUUUUUCAAAAAUAUAGUAAGGAUUUAACCAUAAAGAGAAGACAAGAGUAAUAUUUACUUAAAAUUGUUACAGGCAUAUAAAAUUGUGUGUGUUUAUAUAGAGAGGUGAGCUGUCAGCAUAUAGUAUUUAUAUUUGGGCAAGAAGGGUUAAGUCAAAUUUUUUUUAUUUAAUUAAGCAUAGUUCCUUUAAAGAUCAAUAGUAUUUAUACUCAUAAAAGAGUACCAAGCUUAGUUAUUUAUUUGUCCACUUUUUCUCCUAUUGUUUCUCCUUUGGGAGAAGACAAUGGGGUGGGAGUGUUUUGGUUGUUUUUUUUUUUUUUUUGGGUCAGACUCACUAAAUUUGGGGAUGGUUUUAUUGAAGUAUAUUAACUUCUUUUUAACCAAAGCUUUCUGAAUAUGACCAGCCUCAGGUGCUAGUGCAUUAAAGAGCAACUAAACCUAAUUCCAGUGUCCAUUCAUGACAUCAGAAGAGCUAACUGAACUUCUUUAAGGGUGAGAGAGAGCAUAAUGAGGAACUUAGAAGAAUUUUGCAUGGACCUAAUGCAAAAAAAAAAGCAGUGAUGCUCUAAUCUCAAUAAUAGUCAUGCCACGGUGACAUUGCUUUGACAGCAACGCACGGUAGAAUAACGUGAUGCUGCUGCUCUGCAUAUGGGAAAGGAAAGCAGGUGGACUUGGAGAGGAGCCGAAUCAUAGAGACAGAGAUGUGCUCUGCAAGGCGAGGGAACAAUUGACUAUUAUUUGGAUCUAAGAUGGGAUCUGAAGUUAAACAGAAAAUUCAGUUGAAAAAAAAUUGGAAGUCCCAAAAAAGAUGUGAAAAAAAACUCUCCAUUUUUAGUUUCUUCCUUAUUAUGGAAACACCUGUAUGGUGACACAAAAUACUCAGUGGUACCAGAACAUUCAUUCUCAAUCGUUCUUGGAAUCACAUUAUCAUCAGCCAGGCUGCUAGAAUGCCUUUGUACAAUUGUUUUCUCACAUAAGGUAAAUAAGGCUUUUUGUGCAAAGCCUGAAUAACCUGUUAUAAUGGUGUCCAGACGGUUGUACUGUUUUGUGAAAAAAACUGGCCUUGGUCACAAUGAAAACAAAAGUGCAGAUGAAAGUGCUUUUUGGACAGUUUACAAAUUGUGUUAAAGCUAUGGAUAUUUAAGUGUACAGCAUCCUAAUUUGUGUUAAAGCUAUGGAUUUUUUUUUUUUUUUAAGUCUUCAGCAUCCUGAUUCACCCUUCCUAAGUUAAGGAAAACAUGACUUAAGACACUGCUUCUAUGUUUGGUUGUUCUUUAUAGUGGGGAUACCAGAUGUCUGUGAGCGUAUGGGGGUGGGUUUGAGGGUUAGGUGAGGAAGGAGUGUGAGUGUGCGUGCUUUUGCGUAUGGGUGUGUGAUGUGUGUGUGUGUGUGUCAGACCGCUUCUAGGCUACUAAGUGUCAAUGGAAAAGAAAAUGUAUUCAAAAUACUUAAAUCAAAACUAGAAGAUGGAAAAAAAAAAAGAUUUAUUCUAUUCAAAGCCUUGUCUGGACCACUUUAGAGAGACUUCUAUUUUUUUAACCCUUCUAUAAAUAUUUGAUGGCACUUGAAAUAUUCCUGCAAUAAAAUGUGAUUUGUGUAAAGAAAAAAAAGAUUUUGUAAUGUGAAACAAAGAAAGAAAGUAAUGUAAUUUUCUAAAAAAAAAAAUACAAACAAACAAACUUUGUAUUAUUUUCUUGAUGGAAUUUGUCUAUCUGUCUUUGGAAAACUUUUUAUUUCAUUGAAUGUGCCAUAGUAGAAAUAUGUGUUUUUAGUUGUAGACUAAGGAAUAGCUAGCUGUUUGUGUUCCGACAUUCCAAAAUGCAAAACCACCUAGUAGAAUCUUUCACGAAAGAGUUUCAGUAGUACGUAAGCUUCUCAUUGUUGCUUUUUUGCACAUGUUCUUCAUUCCUCUCUAGUGCAAUAUGUACAUAGAGCACUUGCGGGUGUACCUUGAUCCCUCAGGGAAAAAAUACAUAUUUGUACAGUUUUUUUUUUUUGUUUUUUUGUUUUUUGGGGGUUUUUUGCGCCUUUUUGUUUUUGGCUAAGGAAUGUCGAUCGAAUCACUUGUAAUUGUUGAGGGGCAGCCAGAUAAUAAUCCUAAAGCCACUGUUUCAAACAUUGAUUGUUUCAAUCAUCUGUCCUUCCAGUGCUAUUAUUUUAAGAUAAUAAUAAAAAGUUAUUUUCUGACAGUUCUUUGUGCUGAUUGGUGAAACAGAAGGGUAAAUAAGCACCUUAUGAUUGACUUACUGUGAAUGACAAUCCAUCUUGGGAACGACAGAAGCCCUUUCAUUUGGAGUUGGGGUUGCGAGUCAGAAACAAUGUGCUCAGGGAUCUCCUAAAACUCUUAAAAACAGGGUGGCCGGUACUACUGGGACAAAAUGUGUUUUUUAUUCUUAUUAACAAUGAUAAUGAUAUUAUCCCUCCAAAGCACAAGCGAACUGUAUAGAACUGUGUGUAAACUCUUCACUGUUGUCUCAUGUUGUUGAGUUCAAAACUUAUGUGCUCUUCUGUCUUGUGUGCUUCGAAACACUGACUAACUCCUUCCAGGGCCGUGCAGUUACUCCGGUGUGUUCAGAAGAUAAUAUGUUAACAUGCCAGCACAGAGCCUGGUUCGGGGCAGCCUUUGCUUAAUCCCUUUGCCAUUGCUUGAAUAAUUCAAGUAAUAAAAGUCAUAAUAAAAACAUAGCAACAUACAUUAAGAACUAUUUCAAAUCCUAUAUAAUUAUGGAUUAAGACUUUAGAAAUCAGUGCCGAGAUGAGAAACCUACCCUAUGAGUAUAAUGAGGGUAGGUCAAAGAUGAAACAUGUUUUUAUUUUUAUUUUUUUUGAAACGUUAGUAUCUACUGUCUGUCCUCCUCUAGAAGCAAACCAAAAGCACCCAUACAUAAAGCCACUCUUACUUCCACGAUCUGAUGAAUUGAGUUAAAGACAAAACAAAACUCGCCUGUAUGAUGGCAACGUGGGCCAGCUUUUAGGGUUGCAUGUGACAUUACUGAAAAGUAGUUUUGUUCUCACAGUCCUCUUUGUUACCUUCCAUAAAGUCAGGAAACUCGGCAUCAUUGUUGGCCGACUUCCAGAAUACACAUUCAGAGUAAGAUUCACCUAUUUCUCCUUACCAUAGAGGAGCGCAAGUCUGAGAAAAUUAAACAUGAUAAACUUCACCUUGUUAUUUUAUUUUAGAUGAGCAAAAUGGCAGAAUUCUUCCCCCUCCAUACACACACACACACACACACAGUAUAUGAGUAUACAAGGGUGCUUUAAAAAGUUCACAAGAAAUAGAAUUAAAAUUAUGAGUUUGUUUUGGUGCAAAAAGAUUUUUUGAAAUCAAUGCAUAGUUUUUUCAUAAUAUGCAUUUUCCACAUAUAUUAUGAAAAACAUUUCUGCACCAAAAAUUUUUUUGCACAAAGUAAAUUCAUACUUUUAAUCCCAUUUUCUCACAAACAUUACAAAGCACCCUUGUAUGAGUAUACAAACACGUGUGUUAUACUUUUUCAUAUUAUGACAGGUAACUGCCACUUCUUCCCAAUGAAGUUAUGCUCCAGAACCCCAUGGAAACAACUUUUUACCACAGAUCCAACUGUGUGCCCUGAAAUGCAAUUACAACAGCAAAGCUUGAUUGAUUGCUCACGGUCUAUAAUACAGGUUUUCAUUCUGCCUCUAAACAUUAUUAUGAUAAAGAUGUUCUACCACAUUCAGUUACAUAGCCUUUCCUGUUGCUGCUAAUUUUUAAGAGAUGAGGAGGCAGAGUACCAGUGUCUGCACAAAGCAGUUCAUUUCACUUCUGGGUCUACUUGCUUGUCUAUUUGUGUGUAAGUGAAGUGAGAUCAGUUUGGUCAGGCUCUUGGAAUAAUGUAAAAUAAUAAUAAUAAUCCACAAGCCUGGCUUCAGACCAAGUGCAUCUCCAUGUUCAACCAGACCUUCAGAACUUAGAGCAAUAAAUACAUUCAGUCAUUCAUUGAUUUAUAAAUGAGCAACAAAAUAUUCAGUCCAAAUCACAACAACCUGUGUGCAAUGACGCAACAUAACAUGGAGUCUUGUAUGGAGAGAGUGAAUAUGAGUAUUUUAAAUAGAUGCCGAGGGAAUCCACGUUUGCCGUUUACUUGAAGUGUGCUUUUCCACGGUAGCACUUAGCCUUUUCUUCCUCUAAGAACUAAUGACAGAUAGCUUGCUAUCAGCUUUGACAUGCUGCACGUGCUGUUGGGUCCUUCUUUAAGGACGAGGAAUUCUCUCCAGCGUUGCUGUGUGAUUUCUGUCUCACUCAUUAUUCCCUUCAUGUGGAUAAGUACCAUUUCUAGGAAUUUGAUCACCAUUGAACAGAUUGCAUAUGUAAAUGCAGAUCAUUCUUGAGCAAUAUAGUGAAAAUGAUUUCACAAAAAAAAAAAAAAUCCCUACGUACUGUACACAUCUUCUUGAAUCCAAAAUUCGUUUCUUAUCCACAAUGGUCUGAAAUCUUAUUAUCAAACAGUGGUAAAAUUUUUGAACAUUAGGACAUUAGCUGGCUGCUUCUUUAAAUGUACCUGUAUUGUCUGCCUGCUCCUUUUGUGGAGAUGUGUUUUUGUAUUGGAUGUUUGGGCCGAUGGGAGGCUUCAAGCUACAACAUAUUUUCCCAGUUUAAAUAUAUUUAACAUAAGACAAACCCCAGACAAGGCUUUUAUUAUGUAUAAAGAACUGCAGUGUUAGGUGGUUUAUUUGCAAACCGUUUUCAAUGUUGUCCAUUUUUAUGGCACCUUUAACAAUAUUGUUUCCAAAGUACAAAAAAAAAAAAUAGGUUAAAUAAUCUAGCCAUAACUGAAUGUCAAGCAAUAAAACAAAUGAUUUUUGUGUAUAGACUUAAAUGAGAUACCAAUUUUAGACAUCUGCAUGUAAAUGCAAUCUCUUGUUUACUGCUUUCUUCAACUUGAGCAAUUGAUUCCUUAUUUACUAUUAACUUAAGAACUUGUAAUGGCCUGUAAACAUUUUCUCUUACUCUUCUUUCAAAUUUACCUUCGUCCCUGCUUUUGAGUCAUAAUAUUUAAUGUUGUUCUGCACAUCUCUAUACAGUUAACUUUUUGGCUUUCAUCCUGUAUAGAUAAGAAAACGUUAUAUUAUAAACAGCCUACUCAGUGCAAAUAUUUAUCUGUUUAUCAAAUCCACAAUAUGCUGUAUAAUACUGGUUUUACUAUAUAAUCUAUUUUAGACAUAGCUGUUUAGAACUAGAGUGUGCUAUUUUUGUGUUUUUCUGAUGUGUGGUGCUAGAUAAGUUACUUUUGUGAACAAAAAAAAAUCCCUUUUAUUCCUAGACAAUACCACCUUUGGGUCUUGUUAAUUUCACUGAGCAUAACUAUAUAUUUGUAUAUAUAUACAUAUAUAUAUAUAUAUAUUACCUGUACCCAACUGGCAGCUGUAUCAGAGUGCUGGAUUUGGGACAUGCUUUUCUCUUUAAAUACAUAAUAUCAUAUAAAUUAUUCUAGAGUAUAUUUAAUUAGGAUAAAACUACUUCCUUAGUAUGGAUAUUUGACAUCCAAAAGGUCAAUUUGUUUAUAAAUAUGGAUAUAUGAAAACGUAUCAGCAUUUAUGUUUGCUCCUCAGCUUUAUACUGUAACUCCUGAACUGCAAAGUAAUUUGCCAGGCCUUCAAGAUGCGCAAGAAAACUCUCCCACUUAUACUUUUUUCUUCUUACUAGGGAAUCCUGUUUUUGUCACCGGACAGUGUUGCAUCCUUAGCUCCUGUUAUAGGUAACAGGCGUUUAUAUGAACUAUCCCAGGCGGCCUGAUGGCAGAAGGAACUUCUCCUCUGCUGUCCGAGUCCUGAGAAGAACGCAGCCAGCACUGGCACCACACGGGCCACGCUGGCGGACGUUUGUUUUAAUACGACCUCACCCAGUUCCGUGAAUUGAGUGAAGGACUUUCCUUUUCAAAAGCACCUAAGAGUGAGCUUCAGUAACUGUUUCACCCAUUCUCCCAGAAUCCACUGGCUCAACAAAAAAAUCAAACUGUAUCAAAUAUCUAACUAAGGAUGUAGUUAACCUUAUUAAAUAUUGAUUAGAAUUGUUCUGUAAUAUUACUGAAUUUGUAAGAUCUUUAGCAAAGAUUUUUGAGCAAUUUAUAAAUAUAGAGCAAAUGUUUCUGUUUACUGCACUUUUUAUAAUUGAAGGUGAUAAAUUCUCAAGCCAUGAUUCUUGGCUUCCAUGUAUUGCAUAUUUACCCACAAUUCUAGACAUUUUCCAUUUUUAUGGAAGAGUUUUCUGUUACCUUAAUUAUAAACAAUUGUGUGGUUAAGGAGAGCUAAUGUUAACCUUUUAACAUGAAUUGGCUAUAGUUCAGGGAGAAAUCUCUUAACAAUAAUAUCAUUCCUUGAGUGUCUGACUUGGAAACAGAUUGAAACUUUUUUUUUUUUCCCAACUAUCAUUUAAACAUCCUAAGAUUCCCCAGGUUAGAGAUUGUAUCUCCGCACCUGCACAAUGGCCAGCACAUGUUAGCAUCUGAUAGUUAUUAAAAUGACAACAAAUGUGCCCAAUUAAAACUUUCUUCCUGGGUUGUUUUGGUAAAUGUAUAAAGUAUGUCAAGCCUUAGGGUUAACGUUUUCUUCUACAACUGAAUAUAAAAACUGCAUUUUAAAAGACCAUGUGAAAUGCUAACUCUACUUGUGUGUAGGUCUUCAGGAUUAAGCACACAAAUUUCACAAAACUCUGUGAGUAACAGACUCAGCCUUCUGUAAAUAUACGUACAGGUUUGGAAACAGUAAUACUGUCCCUAUAAAUACUUGCUGUCUGUUUGGUGUACAGUAUGUAAAAACUCCUUUUCUGCCACACUAAAAAUGCAAGCCAUUUAUGGGAAUCCUAAAAAUAGUAUUGACCUAAUAAACCUUUGCUAAUGAUCUUUAUUUACAGGAUCAUCCAGACUUAUCACUUACAUUGGAUUUUCUUUUCAUUUCACUCUGACAGUAGUCUGCUUAUUUCCAGCUGUUUAUUUUAUUAAGUCCUGAAUUUAAAAAAAUAUUUUGAUUCAUUUUGUAAAUACAAGCUGUAAAAAAGAGAGAUUUAAUGUUGUCUUUUAAAUACUCUGAUUUUCAUUCUAAUAUGAAUGUUGUUAUAUUGUACUUAGAAACUGUACCUUUAAUAUUACAUUACCUUUAUUAAAAGUGCAUUGAACACAUCAAUUUUAGAUGUGCUUUAUGUACUGUUAUCCUAUAAUAAAACUUCAGCUUCUAAUGGAA